AUGCAUUGUACAAGGAGGAAGCGACUGCAGCUUAGCAGGGUUCUGUUUCUCCUCUCUGGGGUUUUUCUCUGUACCCUCUACCAGCUGACCAUCAGUGCCAGAUUGUAUGAGCCUUUGCCAAUGCCUCAGAUUGGGGAGGAUUUUGGAGAAGGUUCAACAGAGGGUGUUGAGGAGGCGACAGUAGAGACUCCGGGGCUGGAGGAACCUCUCACUGCAACACACGAGUUAGAGCCCACAGAUCAAACAACUCCAGAAAUGCAUGUGGUAACUGUUUCGGAGACAACUACAGAUUUUACAGCAUCCAACCCCACUGAAGCUCCACCAUUGCCAACUACAAACCGGACUAUUGUGCAUUGCAUCUACGUGGCCCCUGAGCCUCCACGGGAGAUGCCCACACCAACUCCUCCUGUGACCACUGUCACCCCAGCCUCUCCUGCUGAAGCUCCACAUAUGAAGGGCGAAUACCCUGAAGAUAUCUUUUCUGUUGAAGACCGUAGACGAGGCUGGGUCAUCCUCCACAUUUUUGGAAUGAUGUACAUGUUCAUUUCACUUGCUAUUGUGUGUGAUGAGUUCUUUGUCCCUGCACUCGGGGUAAUCAUAGACAAGUUAGAAAUCUCUGAUGAUGUAGCAGGAGCCACCUUCAUGGCUGCUGGAGGUUCUGCUCCUGAACUCUUCACCUCCUUGAUAGGAGUAUUCAUCGCCCACAGCAAUGUGGGCAUCGGCACCAUCGUUGGCUCGGCGGUUUUCAACAUUUUGUUUGUGAUUGGGAUGUGUGCUUUGUUUUCACGGGAGGUGCUUCAUCUAACCUGGUGGCCACUUUUCAGAGAUGUAUCCUUCUACAUAUUUGACCUCAUCUUACUCAUCAUCUUCUUCUUGGAUAAUAUCAUAAUGUGGUGGGAGAGCGUGAUGUUGGUCGGCUGUUACACACUCUAUGUGACUUUCAUGAAGUUCAAUGUGCAAAUAGAGCAGGCCUUCAAGGUCCUGAUCCUCAAAAACAAGAACAUUGUCAGAAUUAUUUCUGUGGAAGAACCUGAAAAGGGUGCAAACGGUGACGCUGAAAAUAACGCCCCUCCUGCUUCAGAAGACAAGAAUCGGUUGAAGUUGAAGCCAUCCCUUCAGCGCGGGGGAAGUUCAGCUUCUCUACACAACAGCACCAUGAGAAACACCAUCUUCCAACUUAUGAUCCACACGUUAGACCCUCUAGGUGAGGUUGGUGGAGGAAAAACUGAGCCGACCAAAGAGCCAGAGGCUGCUCCAGCCCCAGCCCCAGCAAAAGAGGAGAAGGAGCAACCAGAGGACAAGAAGGACGAUGUGCCAGCAGGAGACGGUGGGUCAGGAGGCUCUGACGAUGAUGAAGAUGACAGCGAUGAAGACAGUGAUGAGUCCAGUGAAGAGGAAGAUGAUGACGAUGAGGAUGAAGAUGAAGAUGAAGAGGAGAGUGACGAAGAGGAGAAAGAGGAACCUCUGUCUUUAGAGUGGCCCGACACGCCACGGAAACAAGCCACCUACGUCUUCCUGCUGCCUGUAAUCUUUCCUCUGUGGCUCACAGUUCCAGAUGUUCGCAACCAGAAAUCCAGAAAAUUCUUUGCGAUGACCUUCCUGGGCUCCAUUCUGUGGAUUGCUAUUUUCUCCUACCUCAUGGUGUGGUGGGCCCAUCAGGUGGGUGAGACCAUCGGCAUCUCAGAGGAGAUUAUGGGCCUGACUAUCUUGGCUGCAGGGACGUCCAUCCCUGAUCUCAUUACCAGUGUGAUUGUUGCACGAAAAGGCCUGGGGGACAUGGCUGUGUCCAGCUCUGUGGGCAGUAACAUCUUUGAUAUCACAGUGGGUCUUCCAGUGCCAUGGCUCCUUUACUCAUCCGCACACGGUUUUGGUCCAGUGGCCGUCAGCAGCAACGGGCUCUUCUGUGCCAUCGUGCUUCUCUUUAUCAUGCUCCUCUUUGUCAUCAUCUCCAUUGCAUCGUGUAAGUGGAGGAUGAAUAAGCUACUGGGCUUCACCAUGUUCCUGCUCUACUUUAUCUUCUUGGUGCUUAGCGUGAUGCUGGAGGAUCGCAUCAUCAUCUGCCCUGUUUCUAUCUGAACGUGUGAGCUGGAGCCUUCUCUACAGCAGGCGUUGUCUUCACUUGUGACCUGUAGCACAACUGUUAACCUGUACAUGGACUGAUCUCAUGAGCAUGGGUGUGGAUAUCUGUAGAAACUGUGCAGAAAGCUGCUGUAGUUGCUCUGCAUUGUUGCAGCUGACGUGUGUUUGGUAUGAAAGCAACAGUACACAUAUGACAACAUUUUCUAGCAGAGGUGGGACCAAGUCAUUGUUUUGUAAGUCACAAGUAAGUCUCACGUCUUUGCACUCAAGUCCCAAGUCAAGACCCAAAUCCUAAACUCUGAGUUUUGGUUCCUAAACAAGUCAUGAUGCGCUCUUCACAAAUGUAAUGCCUUCUUAACAACAUAGUAAUAAUACAUUACAUUUACAAAAAUUGUGAUUUUUAAAAAAAAAAUUUUUUUUUUUUGUUAAAACAAGUGUGACUGAACUUAAUCAUAAAGAAGUAGUGCUGACAUUCCACUUUUAUAGUAUAUAGCAACCAAAGCAGAAUGGAUUUUAUAUGUUUCUGUCCUGUCUUGUUGUAUUUAUCUCAUCUCAUAUUGGGCAAACAUUUAUAACUCUCUCUUCCCAAAAUGGCUUGGGGGGAAGGUAUCAAGUUUUCAAGUGUUUUCAAGUUGAAGUCACGAGUCACUGGUGUUAUUUAUUUAUUUUGUCGAGUCUAAAGUCAUCAAAUUUGUGACUCGAGUCCAAGUCAUGUGACUCUGUUUUCUAGAACUUUUUAUUUUUAGUAACAAUGGCAGCUUUUACAUAAAUUAUUUGAUUACAUCAGGAGAUGCAAACUGUCUGAAGUAGUGUAGGUAAGUGUAAAAGAAUGAACACUAACAGGGAUAUGAACAUUUUUUUACUGUUUACAAAACAGCAUCUUUAGAAUGCAAUUAGAAAUCUAGAAUAUGUGAACAUUUUGGAAAAUGUAUGAAGUUUCUACAUGUAAAUUUUGUACAAAUCUGUGCACCAACAACCGUUUUAUAACAUUUAUUAAUAGAGAACCUGAGCUUGCUUGAACUUAAUCAGUUUUUAUAAAAAAAUAAAUAAAUAAAAAGGUCAGUCGUGGCAAUAGCACUUUGGAAAUAAUCAGACGUGACAUCCGUAGAAUAAACGUGUUUAUUCAUAAAUGAAAGCAAACUAUAGAUCCAGCCAGGGAAGAAAUUUGAUUUCUUUCUCAUAUAAAAAUCAUACAAAUUAGUAUCUGUGUUACAAAUGAUAAAUAAUACAUCAUAAACAUUGUUUUAAUUGACAAAUUGUGUAAACAACAUGUAGACAUCAAAUGUUUUGGUCAUCAGUGUUUUUUUGUUUGUUUUUGUCACACAUUAUAAGGUGAAUAAAAUGCAAAUAUACAUGCUGUGAUAUUGGUGUUUAUUCCAAGCACACAGCCUCGUCUAAUCCAGCAUCGUGUCACCAUAAAUAACUGUGGUGAAGUCCAGUAAUAAACUGUGAAGCUGCGUCACAUUUGUACCGUACAAACAGAAUGUAGGCAGGUUUUUGUCAGUUAAAAGUGAGAGACAAUAUUAACACAGUGAACCAUCACACUCAUUUUUGGACGUGAUUUUGAAGCAGGGCAGGUCAGAGCUGUUCUCCUAACUUAACACCUUUCAAAUUAAUCUUUUAAUAUGCUCAGUGCAAAGAAACCUGCGCCAUCAUCUGUCCAAAGAGAUUUAUAAUGUCCUUUUUUUUUGCUCUGUAUUUCACAUUAAACAGUGCAUUGCUAUACAAAUGUCCAAAACUGACAUGUACACCAUACAGUGAAGACCAAAAGGAAAUAUACAAAAUACUAGAAUCAAAUACUCUGUACAUUUUUAUAGAUGCAUUACUGUGUCAAUAAAUUAAUUUCUUUAUCAAAAAUUGUGUCGAUUUAACCAACAGAAAACAUUUAUUUUCAGUUUUUAUUCAUCUAUUAGUUUGAUUGUACUGUUU